CUCCCAACCUGGGCAGCCAUGGCGACGCUGGCGCGACGAGGCCUAAUGGCGGCCCGGCAGGCGGGGCUCAUCCCGCCCCCGGCCUCGGUUUUGGCCGUGAGAUUUGCAUCCAAGAAGACGGGUGGAAGUUCCAAGAACCGUGGAGGAAAAGCUCGAGGCAAACACUUUGGCUUCAAAAAGUUGGAUGGUCAGUACGUCCACGCCGGCAACAUCAUCGCAACUCAGCGCACUUUUCGCUGGCACCCGGGAGCCCACGUGGGGCUGGGCAAGAACAAGAGCCUCUUUGCGCUGGAGGAAGGGACCGUGCGCUACACCAAAGAAGUGUACGUGCCCUCCCCCAGCAACACCGAGGCUGGGGACAUCAUCCGCCAGCUCCCCCAGGGCGCCGUGCUCUACAAGACCUUCGUCCACGUUGUUCCCGCCCAACCGGUGGGCACCUUCAAGCUGGUGACCAUGCUCUGACGCUGUGGGCCGGGCAUGAGUACCCACAGUUGGACCCUUGGACCCUGGGACGGGUUGGCGGGCUGAACGCCUGCAGUAAAGCCGGAAUAAAGGAGAUUCCACACAGUG